GGCCGUCGGUAUUUCAGUUUUCGGUAAUUUAAUAUUUCAUUUCAUACUUCUCAAUUUCAAAUUCUCAUAGGAUAUUUGCUAAUUUUUUCAUGUAUUGACCAUCAUGACAAAAUAUUAUUUAUUUUAUUGUUUUAGUGUUUAUUUUGUCAUGCUAGUCACUGUCUAGUAUCCACUCAGUACUCACAAAUUCGAUUUUGACCACCGACGACACAGAUAUGUCAUAUUAUAUUAUUUUAUCAUUCAGUUUUUCAAAAGUUAUGGAUCGUCUAUUGAGGUUGGUCGGAGGUAUACCCUUGGGACAAGGGUUGGCUUCUGCUGCCGAUACUCCUGUUGUAGACACUGCUGAACAAGUUUAUGUGUCAUCAUUGGCCUUGUUAAAAAUGUUGAAACAUGGACGAGCUAGAGUUCCUAUGGAAGUUAUGGGCUUGAUGUUAGGUGAAUUUGUGGACGAUUGCACUGUACGUGUUAUUGAUGUAUUCGCUAUGCCUCAAACUGGAACCAUGAGAAUGAUGUAAGUGUUGAAGCUGUUGACCCAGUAUUCCAAGCAAAGAUGUUGAGGAUAUGUUGAAACAAACAGUCGGGUCAGAGAUGGUUGUUGGAUGGUAUCAUUCACAUCCAGGGUUUG